AGGGUUAUAUAGUGUUCUGUAUCGUAUUACCAGUGAUGACCACCAUUGGCGCUAUUAUCGUCAGUCAAUUGUCAGGUGUCAUUCAUUCAUAACUCAUAACAUCUCAAAACAUUUGCCAUCUGUAAACAAAGAACAAAGCUAAUUUUUGCCGAAAAUGUCGAGUGAUGAGCUUCGAAAUGUCGGAAACUUGCAGAAGUUAAAAAGAAAGAGGGGCCCUAUAUUUACGAUAGAGGACAAAAAUAUAUUGGUUGAUAUUGUAGAAAAGUAUUACCAUAUAAUUGAGAAUAAGAAGACUGACAAUCAAACAGUAAACUCCAAAAACUACUGUUGGGAGACACAAAUAAGUACAGAGUAUAAUUCAGGAGCUUCCUGUCCACGAUCUACUGCUGUUUUAAAAACUUGCUGGAAGAAUUUGAAAGCAGAAGGGAGAAAAGUUGCAGCUAAUGAGAGGCAAGCGAGAAUUAAGACAGGUGGAAGUCUGAAGGAAUAUGUGGCUGUGGAUCCCAUUAUAUUUCGAGUCAUAGACCUGAUUCGUCCCACUGCAGUAGGGCUGAUCAAUCCACAUGACACAGAUAUUGUACUUGGCAAUACUAUGAGCCAAAAUGAGGACAAUUGUAUCCCAGAAAUAGAGAAAAAUGAAGACAAUUUUAUCCCAGAAAUAGAGGUUUUGGGAGAUACUCAGGUGAAUGUGCAGGGUGGCAGUAACUUAAAUGGAGACUGGUCCCAAUAUACACCGGGGCAGAUGAGGAUGCCCAGAACAACCAUCUUGAGAAAACUGCCACAGAGUUCUGUUGAUGUUGACGAAGAUGGUGUCUUUGUUUUAAAUAUAGACGGGUUUCUGAGUGCAGAGGACAAAGAAAACAAGGUUAUCACUACCCCAUACACAUCUUCAACAACUAAGGAGAUCCACCCUAGCAUGUCAGUAGCAGAACCGGACCUGCAGACUUUUAAAAGGCCUGCAAUUACACCUUUGACUGCACAGGAAAUAGCACCAAAAAAAUGUAAGCCUAACAAAAAACAUUCUUCUAGGCAUCAACUUAAUAGAAGAAGACCUGUUAUAUCACAGGAAAAAAAUGAAGAACUUGUAUCCAAAAGAGUGGAGGCCCUAACAACGGUGACAUCUCAUGCCGAAGAGGAGCACCAGAUUGUAAUGAAAAUUCACCAUGAGAAACUGAAGCAAGAGAGAAUUCGGACAAGAGUGCUCCUCCUGGAACUGAAAAAAAAAAGAAUGUUUCAAAAUGAAAAUUGAAAGAAUGAAUUUUUUUUGAAACUGCAUCUUCUACAUUCUUUCUCCAAAAACUGUUUUUAUAUAUUUUAAUAUUAUAUUUUUAUGUUUAUAUUAAUCAUGACUGAUUAUGUAUUUUAUAGUCUAGUCAAAGGUUUCCGUCAAGAGUUGUACUUUAGUUAUUUAGUUUUAUUUGUAAAAAAAAUUAACAUAUAAUAUUUGUUGAGUUUUGAAAUAUAUGCUCUUUACUGUGAUCAGCCAAGUUCCUGUUAGUUAUGUUUAUGUAGCCUUUGUAUAAGAAAUUAAUUAUUUUUCAAGAGUUGUACUUUAGUCAUUUAGUUUUAUUUGUAAAAAAAAUUAACAUAUAAUAUUUGUUGAGUUUUGAAAUAUAUGCUCUUUACUGUGAUCAGCCAAGUUCCUGUUAGUUAUGUUUAUGUAGCCUUUGUAUAAGAAAUUAAUUAUUUUUCAAGAGUUGUACUUUAGUCAUUUAGUUUUAUUUGUAAAAAAAAUUAACAUAUAAUAUUUGUUGAGUUUUGAAAUAUAUGCUCUUUACUGUGAUCAGCCAAGUUCCUGUUAGUUAUGUUUAUGUAGCCUUUGUAUAAGAAAUUAAUUAUUUUUCGAGAGUUGUACUUUAGUCAUUCAGUUUUAUUUGUAAAAAAAAUUAACAUAUAAUAUUUGUUGAGUUUUGAAAUAUAUGCUCUUUACUGUGAUCAGCCAAGUUCCUGUUAGUUAUGUUUAUGUAGCCUUUGUAUAAGAAAUUAAUUAUUUUUCAAGAGUUGUACUUUAGUCAUUUAGUUUUAUUUGUAAAAAAAAUUGACAUAUAAUAUUUGUUGAGUUUUUAAAUAUAUGC